CCCACGAGGGCGUUCCGCAGCCGCGCCUCCCCGCCCCGCCAACGCCUCCUCCUCGGGCCGCGGCGGGCGAGGACACGUCAGGGGACAUAAAUAAAUAAAUAAUUCCAUUCACCCGGUGACAGCGAGGCGAACCGGCUGCAGCUCGGGUGGAACGGAGAGCUGCAGCGCCCACCCAGCGCCGGAGACCAGAUAAAGAGUCCAUCUUAAGAUGUGAUGUUUUCCUGUGAAACCUCAGAAAAAAGAAUCUUGGGAACCAAAGGACUCUAGUACUCUUGGUGCCAGUAGAGCUACUUUAUUACUUGAAUUUCAAUUAGAGGAGCAGAAAUGCCACCAAAGACAAGUACCCCAACUCCAGUUGUACCUCCUCCAGAUGGAGGGUGGGGCUGGGUGGUUGUUGGAGCUGCUUUUAUAUCCAUUGGAUUUUCGUAUGCGUUCCCUAAGGCCGUCACAGUAUUCUUCAAAGAACUUCAGGAAAUAUUCCAUGCUACCCACAGUGAAAUAGCUUGGAUAUCAUCCAUUAUGCUGGCUGUCAUGUACGCAGGAGGUCCCAUCAGUAGUGUUUUGGUAAAUAAAUAUGGCAGCCGGCCAGUGGUGAUAAUGGGAGGUUUGCUGUGCUGUUUAGGAAUGAUCUUGGCCUCUUUCAGUGCCAGUGUAGUACAGCUUUACCUCACUAUGGGAUUCACUGUAGGUUUAGGUUUGGCCUUCAACCUGCAACCGGCCUUAACAAUAAUUGGCAAAUACUUCUACAAGAAACGACCCAUGGCAAAUGGAUUGGCCAUGGCAGGAAGUCCUGUUUUCUUAAGUACAUUGGCUCCUUUCAAUCAGUACCUUUUUAAUACUUAUGGCUGGAAGGGAAGUUUUUUGAUUUUGGGAGGCAUCUUUUUGAAUGCUUGUGUGGGUGGGUCCCUCAUGAGACCCCUUGUACCCAAACAAACUACUUCUAAAUCUAAAAAUAAGAUUGCCUUAAAAGAAGAAGGUUCAGGUCUGAAGAAAAAUCAUCAGAAGUCAACAUGGGAAAAAGUUAAUAAGUAUUUAGAUUUCUCCCUUUUUAGCCAUAGAGGAUUUCUUAUAUACCUGUCCGGAAAUGUCAUUAUGUUUUUAGGGUUUUUUGCCCCCAUUAUAUUCUUGGCUGUAUAUGCUAAAGAUAAGGGAAUCGAUGAGUAUUCUGCAGCUCUCUUGCUGUCUGUUAUGGCUUUUGUUGAUAUGUUUGCUAGGCCUUCUGGAGGAUUAAUUGCAAACUCCAAAUAUGUCAGACCCCGAAUCCAGUACUUCUUCAGUCUUGCAGUUAUGUUCAAUGGAGUGUGUCAUCUCUUGUGCCCACUGGCACAAACCUACGCAAGCCUGGUGGUAUAUGCUAUAUUUUUUGGCCUUGGAUUUGGGAGUGUUAGCAGCGUUCUCUUUGAAACUCUUAUGGACCUUGUUGGUGCCCCAAGAUUUUCCAGUGCUGUGGGACUUGUCACAGUUGUGGAGUGUGGCCCAGUUCUUCUUGGCCCUCCUCUUGCUGGUAAAUUGGUGGAUAUAACUGGAGGAUAUAAAUACAUGUAUCUAUCCUGUGGGGCUAUCGUGGUAUUAGCAAGCGUGUGGCUGCUCAUUGGCAAUGCUAUCAACUAUAGAUUGCUUGAAAAGGAAAAGAAGGCGGCACGAGCAAAAAAGAAAACAAGUACACUUGAGUCCAGAGAGUCUGAACCCUUGAGCAGAUCUAAACAUUCGGAAGAUGUUCCGAAAGCACAGGCCACUCCCUCAGAAAGAGAAACUAACAUCUAACAAGAACCACAUCUCCGAUUUCAGUAUUUAUGAAUUGUCCUAGGAGCUUGUUUUGUUUUUCAAAGUAUCGGAAAAGUUUUUAAUUGAAAUGAAAAGUCACAGUUAAGGAUGGAGAUGAGAUUUUCCUCAAUUGCAAAUUUUAAAUUAGUUUUUUAAAAACUUACUUGGGUAGUUAAAUUUUGAGGUUGUGUAUAUAAAGAAUCCAUGCAAUGGAUUUAUUUCCAUACAUGACUCUGGGUCUGAUGGUUAAAAUACUAAUUUUAAAGUCUUCCAGUGACUUCGACUCUUGGUUAUAUAUAGAGUUCUGAAUCCCAAACUCCUCAUUUAAGUAAUUAGAAGGAGGAUGUUUAAUUCUAUAAAAUGACCCUCUUCACAUUUCAUUUUUUAUUUGAUAUUAAAGUGUGAAUAGACUUGAGGGAAAAUUAAUUCUCCCCUCAUACACACAAAUACACUUAAUCUCACAUAUAUACCUACAUGUACACACAAUAUCUGGAGAAUAAAAAACAAAUUGAAAAAGAAUAUUAUCAGUGUAUUUAUUUUUUAAGUAAAAGAAAUCUAUGGAGACAAAAGAAAUGUAUUACAUCUCUAUGCUAUUUUACACUGGAUUUUAAAGAUAA